CCGUCCCCGAACCCCGGCGACGUCGCGUUCGUGCAGUACACCUCCGGGAGCACGUCCGCGCCCAAGGGCGUCGUGAUCACGCACGCCAACGUGACGCACAACUGCGCGUCGAUACGACGCAAUUUUCGCGUCACCGCCGCCGACGUCGAGGUCACGUGGCUGCCGCAGUACCACGACAUGGGCCUCGUCGGCGCGUACCUCGUGCCGUUGACGAUCCCGGCGGCGGAAUGCGAUAGCAACACCCCGCCACCGCGCACGACGUGCGUCAGCGUGAGCCCGGUCGCGUUCAUGCGCGACCCGCUUGUGUGGGCGCGCGUCGCGUCGAGAUACCGCGCGACGAUGACGCAGGCGCCGGAUUUCGCGUACCGCCUCUGCGCGGCGCGUUUCAACGCGUUGCCGAUACACGCGAGGGAGGCGUUGGGGUUAGACCUGUCGUCUCUGCGGCAUUGUCUCAACGCCGCGGAGAGGAUAGAUCCGAGGACGUCGGCGGUCUUCGCGGCCGCGUUCGAGGCGUGCGGGUAUUCGCCCGGCGCGAUGUUUCACGGGUACGGCCUCGCGGAGAGCGUCGUGUACGUGUGCGACGGGCCGUCGCGGUCGAUAUCGAUCUGCGGGUCGUCGCUCGAGCGCGAUAAGCGAGCGGUCGUCGUAGUCGCGACGGGAAUCGACGGUCGCGCGUCUUCCGUCGUGGACGUGCGGCGCGUCGCCAGCGUGGGCGCGCCGCGCGGGGACGUCGAGGUGUGCGUCGUGCACGCGGCGCGACGCGCGCGGUGCGCGGACGGAGAGGUCGGGGAGAUUUGGGUGAGGAGCGCGUCGAUCGCGUCCGGGUUCUGGCGGCGCGACGGCGGCGACGCGGACGACGACGGCGCGUUCGGCGCGACGCUGGCGGACGACGUCGACGGGAAGCGCGGCGGCGCGUUCCUGCGGACCGGCGACGAGGGGUUCGCGCGCGACGGCGAGUUGUUCGUGACGGGCCGAUCGAAAGACCUCAUCGUCGUCGGCGGGCGGAACUUCGCGCCCGAGGACAUCGAGCGGACGAUACGCGACGCGGACGCGAGCGAGGGGUGGGGCGACGGGACGGGGGCGUCUCGCGCGCGAGGGGCGCUGCGUCCGGGGUCGAUCGCGGCGUUCUCGAUCGAGCGCGACGGGUCGACGACCGACGAGUCGAUCGGCGUGAUCGCGGAGACGCGCGACGACGCCAUCUCCGCGUCUCUCGCGGGCGUCGUCGUCGACGGCGUUCGCGCGGUCAUCUCGCAGACGCACGGCGUGAGCGUGCGGCGCGAGGACGUUCUGCUUCUGCGCGCGCGGACGGCGCCGAGGACGACGAGCGGGAAGCUCCGACGCCGCGCGUGCGCGGAGGCGUUUCGGGACGGGACGCUCUCGGUCGUCGACGCUAUGAAGACGAAC